AUGGGGCUGGUCCCAGCACCGAAUCCGGCCUACUUCCCAAUCCGACCCGGUACGUGGAAUGGAGACAAUGCGAACAUAAUUCCUAGGGCAUUCCUAUUGUUGGGAUGGAUGAAAUACUUCCCUAAUCAGAUAGGUACGGUGCUGGAGCACCCCUUUUCGACUUGUAAUUCGUCCGUGCCCAGAGACAAACUCACUCUCACCAGUCCUAGCCAAAAAAUCCAAAGCAACCAGUUGGGGCUUGAUUGGCGGGGCUUGAUUGGCGGGGCUUCAUCGAACUCCCCCUCCCCACCUAACCAUUGUAGACGCCACUUUCCGGAGCUUAAUAGUUCCAUUGUUCAAACCUGCAUACCCUUCGCAUUCCACUGCUUCCGCGCUGAACAAAGGGAACUCAGAAGCAAUACCACCACCACUAUGAGGAUGUCCUUAAGUGGGAUUUGUCAGACUAUCUUGGAAACCGAUGAUGGUUUGGUUGGCCCCACAGCACCCACGGACCGUUGUGUGAUUGGUCCGAUUGCGGUCAAACUCGCCGGACUAACUCUAUUGGGUUUAACCUCUCCAUGCUAG